UUAUCAAUUAUAUUUGUUUUGACUAGAAACAAUUAUCAUACCCUUCCAAAUACAAUGAUAAACGCCUCUUCCUAGGCUAAGCGUAGAAUCAUCUUGUGUUAGCUUGCUGGGAAAGACGAAGCCCGGAUCAAAUCCACAAGGGUUUCACUGUAACCAGCAUAAGAAGAAUAUACAAACACAAAACUAACAAAGAUUAGGAUUGAGAGAGGGAGUCAAAGAUAAUUUUUGAUUGAGCCUGGUAGGUUUAGCUGAAAGGUUGAGAAUAAAAACUUCUUAAAACUACAUACAUAAUAAUCCGAUUCUCUCUCUCUCUCUUUUUUUUUUUUAGGUUGUUUGCUUCAGUGCCGUAAGAUCAAUCUUUUUGUGCUUUGUGAACGUGCUUAAGUGAGAUUUACUGUCAUGUUUGCUAAGUCUGAGAGUUUCUGAGAUUUAUUUGUUUUGUUUAUUUUUUUAACUUGCGUAUAAGGUAUUUUGAUGCGACUUGUAUGAUUUUUAACAAGUGGGUAUUAACGAUUUAUGUGGUUUGAUGGAUAUUUUAAGUUGGAUACUUAGCAUUUCCUAUGAUUCUCAUCAGAUUGUGUUGGCAGGUGGUAGAUAUUUUAUUGAAAUCGUUAUUGUGUUAGCAUCUGGCAGCUUUUUUAUACUUUGUUUUGAUCUGUAUAUCUAUCGAUCUGUGUGUGUAUGUAUACGCUGCGCUGUAAUUCUCCUCUUUUGGUAGGAGUUGGAUCUACAAUGUUCUUUUGUUCUUUAAAUGAUUAAGUAUUUAAUUUCGUGUUUUAAAUAAUAUUUUUUUUAUAUUGGCCAGGGUAUUCUAAUUUCAUAUCUUCAAUUUGAGGUUAUUUGUACUUAAAAAUUUGUUUGUUCGAUUGUUGAUGGAUCUUUGUCUCAUAAUCUUUUUGAUCUGAAGUAUGAGGAUAAUUUUUAUAGCUCUUCAUAUUGGGGCUUAGCUUUUUAGAGGAGAAAUAGGAAUAACGUUCUUUAUUAUGAUGGUCAGCUUGAAUGGAUCCACUGGCUGAAGAGCAAAUAGAUUAUGAAGAUGAGGAGUAUGGAGGGGGUCAGAAGAUGAUGUAUCAGGGAGGUGGAGCCAUACCUGCACUUGCAGAUGAAGAACUGGUGGGCGAAGAUGAUGAGUUGGAUGAGCUUUAUAAUGAUGUUAAUGUUGGAGAGGGUUUAUUGCAGUUUCAGCAGCAUGAAGCACCACCUCCACAGAGUGCCACUGGUGUGGGUAAUGGAGGGCUCCAAACUCAGAAAAAUGAGGUUCCUGAACCUCGUCUGCAACCUGGGGGUUCACAAGGCACAAACGUACCUGCAGUUUCUGUUGAAGUAAAAUUUUCUAAUUCUGGGACCCAAAUUCUUGCUCAAAACGAGGGGCAGUUGGGUGUUAACAGACCAGCUGCGAGUUAUGCAGAUGGGGCUCAUGUUUCAACGAAAGGAAGUGUUGUGGAGAUGAAUCAUGGUGCCCAGGUCAGAAAUAUGGGAUUUCAAGGGUCUAUGUCUGUACAUCCAAAAGCUGGGGUUGAUCCUUCAAGUAUACCUGGAAAAGUAGUCAAUGAGCCCACACCGUUGCUAAAUCCUGGCCCUGGUGGCCCUCAAAGUGUCAUGCAAUUUCCAGGUAAUCAGAUGGGUCUACAUGCUAAUGCCAAUCGUACAAUAGUGAAUGAUAAUCAGGUCCGGCCAACUAUGGAGAAUGGUGGGACUAUGUUGUUUGUGGGAGAAUUACACUGGUGGACAACUGAUGCAGAGCUUGAAAGUGUUUUAUCUCAGUAUGGAAGGGUCAAGGAGAUUAAGUUUUUUGAUGAGAGAGCUAGUGGGAAAUCCAAAGGUUACUGUCAAGUUGAAUUCUAUGAUGCAGGUGCUGCGGCUGCUUGCAAAGAGGGAAUGAAUGGUUAUGUUUUUAAUGGACGGGCAUGUGUUGUAGCUUUUGCUUCUUCUCAAACGUUGAAGCAAAUGGGAGCUUCUUAUAUGAAUAAAAACCAGGGCCAGCCUCAGUCUCAACCUCAGGGAAGGAGACCCAUGAAUGAUGGUGCAGGGAGAGGUGGUAACAUGAAUUAUCAAGGUGGUGAUGGAGGUAGGAAUUAUGGAAGGGGUGGCUGGGGACGAGGUGGGCAGGGUGUACCCAACAGAGGUCCUGGAGGUGGACCAAUGAGGGGAAGAGGAGGGGCUAUGGGUGCUAAGAAUAUGGUUGGAAGCAGUGCUGGAGCAGGAAAUGCUGGCGGUGGUGGGGUUUAUGGACAAGGGCUUGCAGGUCCUGGAUUUGGGGGUCCAGCUGGUGGUAUGAUGCAUCCUCAGAAUAUGAUGGGAGGGUUUGAUCCGACAUAUAUGGGUCGGGGAGCUGGCUAUGGUGGAUUUUCAGGCCCUGGUUUUCCUAACAUGCUUCCUUCAUUUCCUGCUGUUAAUGCAAUGGCACUUGCUGGAGUUGCUCCUCAUGUCAACCCAGCCUUCUUUAGUCGGGGGAUGGCGGCUAAUGGGAUGGGAAUGAUGGGUUCUUCUGGAAUGGAAGGACCUCAUUCGGGAAUGUGGACUGACGCGAGUAUGGGUGGAUGGGGAGGGGAGGAGCAUGGGCGGAGGACAAGGGAGUCAAGUUAUGGUGGAGAUGAUGGUGCUUCUGAUUAUGGGUAUGGAGAGGCAAAUCAUGAAAAGGGGGUAAGGUCAAGUGCAGCGUCUCGGGAAAAGGAACGGGUUUCUGAGCGUGACUGGUCAGGGAGCACUGAUAGGAGGCAUCGUGAAGAGAGAGAACCAGAGUGGGACAGGUCUGAAAGGGAUCACAGGUACAGGGAAGAAAAAGAUAGUUACCGUGACCAUCGACAAAGAGAACGUGACUCAGCAUAUGAAGAUGACUGGGAUAGGGGACAGUCUUCAAGAUCUCGAAGUAGGUCUCGAGCAAUGCCAGAAGAGGAUCAUAGGUCUCAAUCGAGGGAUGCAGAUUAUGGGAAGAGGAGACGACUACCAUCAGAGUGACAGAAUUAUGCUGUUUAUUCAUCUGUGGCUGAUUGUACAUGACUUCGAAUUCCAUAAUUCACUCGUAGUGUUUUGCCCUUGGGUUGUUACAGUGCAUCAACAAUUGCUCUUCCUGCUUUUCGUUGGCCCAAAUGCAGAGUGUGACUUCUUGAGGGAAAAGGAGUGGAGUGGGCAACUCUCUGUUUUCAUGAGUGGAUGUGCCUGGAGGAAGAUGUGUUUGAUGGUCUGAAUUCUUUGCUUCCUCAAAUAAUGGCUUUGGUCUGUCAAGUGUGCUAAAGCAGCCUCGAAAAUUUUGCUUUGAUCUUUUUUUCCUCAAGCGCCUUUAAGAUCUGUAAUUUGCUCUUGGGGAGGAAAAUGCAUAUAAAUAGUUGGGAGUCUUAAACUUUUAAUUAUGGAAUUGAUGUUGAUUAUAGGUUCUUGAUGCCACUUUGUAAAGCAUCAUUUCAUCUGUAAAGUCUAGUACAUGUAUUGGGCACCAGAGUGUAAUGGCCUCAUUCAUUGUUUAUUUGACCAUUUGUGGCUCAUUUUGAGCUUGUAAAAAAGUUGUACUGACUUUGAGGCUUGUAAUUGGUCAUAUUUUAUUUGGUGUAGAGGAUUGGAUACUCAGUGAUGAGCUAUUAAUACAUUGUAACCUGUCUUACCGUUUCACCUGUAAUUGGUUUUUGUAAUAUAUAUAAUGUUAGAGCCUGUUACCA